AUGAAUACGGACACCAAGAUCCUCAUCAUCGGAGCCGGUGCCUUUGGGACAUCCACAGCCUACCACCUCGCCCAGCGAGGGUAUAAAUGCAUCCGGGUGCUAGACCGCUAUGCACCACCCUCGUGCGAAGCAGCAUCCACCGACAUCAGCAAGGUGAUUCGGAGCGACUACAAUGAACCACUGUACGUCCGCCUCGGGGUCGAAGCCAUCAACGCUUGGAAAACGUCCGAGCUCUACAAGGGCUUGUAUCAUGUUCCCGGUUGGGUGCUGAGUGCCAAGGAGCUUUCCGUGCCGUUUGUCCAAGGCUCGAUUGAGACCAGUAAGCGCCUGGGAGUACAAGGCAUUGAAGAAUUAACCACAGAUCAAGUUCGCUCGCGGUUUCCCAUGGUGAACGGCGCCCUGGACGAUUGGAAUAUCAAUGUGUGGAACCCGAGUGCAGGAUGGGCUAACUCAGGGGAGGCUUUGUGCCAGCUCGCGCUGGCGGCACAAGAGAAAGGAGUCGCCUUCAUCUCGGGAGCUGGCGGUUACGUGCGGGAUCUAGUAUUGCUGAAAGACGGGCAGUGCACCGGCGCGAUAACCAAAGACGGCACCAAACACUCUGCAGACGUUGUGCUCGUGGCCACGGGAGCAUGGACACCAUCAUUCCUCGACCUACAGGGCCAGCUGACAGCGAAAGGCCACAGCGUAGCACACAUCCAACUCACACCCCUGGAACAGAAACACUAUGCAACCAUGCCCAUCCUAGACAACCUCGAGCUGGGCUAUUUCUUCCCACCGGGUCCGGACGGGGUCUUCAAGAUGGCACACAGCCAAUUUAUCACGAACACCAAGAGGGACACACACAGCAACAUCCACACCUCGAUCCCGCACACCUUCCAAGACAACCCGUCGGACGACCUCCCCCUGGAAAUCGAACAGACAAUGCGGACCAACCUCCGCCGCGUAUUCCCGGGCCUCGCAGACCGGCCAUUCAGCUACACCCGGAUGUGCUGGGAUGCAGACACGCCCGACCGCCAUUUCCUCGUCACGCCGCAUCCGCGCCAUCAAGGCUUGUUCCUCGCGACGGGUGGAUCCGCGCAUGGGUUCAAGUUCAUGCCUAUCUUGGGAAAGUACAUCGCGGAUAUGAUGGAGGGGACGCUCGAGCGUGAUAUCGCGCACGCGUGGGCCUGGCGACCUGGGCAGCAGCAGGGUAAGAAUCUCGCCCACCUGGAUGCGGAGCUCGAGCUUGAUGAUUUGACUGGUUGGCGCGGGAGGAAGAAGGACAGGGGGAUAGCGCGGAUAUGA